AUCUUUGCGAUGGACGCCACAACAAGGAGGCUAAAAAGACACCACAUUCGGUUCUGGAGCGACGGGUUGCCGACCCCUGCCCUAGAGAGAGAGUCUGUCAGAGUGAGAGCAGCCAGGUUGUCAAUAAGCCUUGGUGGAGUGCAUGGUGCUGAUCAUUUAGAAUCCUUAAACAUCAUCUUAAGAAGAACAUGUUCAACAAAGCUCUGCCCUUCUUCCACCUCCUGAUAAUAGUUACCGUGGAAGCUGGUCAAGGUGGAGUAUUCUUCUGGAGAGAGACGUUCACAAUGACAUGUCCAGAAGAGGGGGUCUGGUUCAAGAAAGAAAAUGAAGUGGACAAGACCACAAACAAGUCUCAUACUGUUCAUUAUCAGGGAAAGUCUAAAGACCUUUAUCAUUGUCAAUACGGAAAGAAAGACUCUAUCAAAAAGUAUUAUUUCUAUGUUGAAGGAAAGGUCUGUUCAGAUUGUUAUGAGUUGGAUGCUAGCAUGAUGGGGUUGGUCAUUGCCGCAGAUGUGAGCGUGACAGCAAUGCUGAUGAUCCUCAUCUACAAGUGCGCCAAAAAGAAAAAUGAAGCAGCUACAAAAGCACUCGGCGGCCCAACGCCACCCACACCUGAUUAUGAGGCCCUGAACAUACACUCACGCUCCCAGGAUGCAUACUCUUUUCUCAACAAUAGCAAAUCUCGAUGAGGAGCCUUUUUGUUUUUUUGCACCAGUGAAGACAAACAAGAACCGAGGCUUGGAUGCGCUUCGGUUUUGCUGGUUUCCUGGUAUUCCGGCAGCAACGCAAUACAGUGAAAGUGUACAUUUACUCAACCAUGCAUCACAAAGAGCUAGCAUUGAAUUUUAUACAGGUAACAGGAACUGUCAUUUUGCAUCCACUAUGGUCAUUAAUGGAGAGACUUAAUGGACUUAAAUGGAGAGACACAAGAAUGUAAUACUUACCUGAAAUGCAAGUGUAAAAAGAAGCUAACCCGACAUAUUGUGUUUGAAUGAAUGUGUUUCAACUUCCUCUUAUUUUGU